GAGAAAGCGAGAGGAGGACCGCACUCUUUGUCGUCCAGGGUCUUGUCGUCCAGGGUCUUGUCGUCCAGGGUCUUGUCGUCCAGGGUCUUGUCGUCCAGGGUCUUGUCGUCCAAGCAACUCUUCUCCUCAGCUCUGAUUGAUGACAAAACAUUGAGGAGGUCGUCAGGAAAGUAAACAAGAAACAAAGAUGGCGUCGACGGAGCCGGCGUUUUUCAACGAGUCGUCAGAAAUCUGCCCGGCGGCGGCGGCGUCCAGGACGGAGCACGUGGUGUUGGGGGGCGUCUAUGUGGUGGUCUUCUUGCUGGCGCUGGUGGGCAACGGCCUGGCCCUCUGGAUCUUCUCCCGCCAGCGCGCGGCGUCCUCGCCCGCCGACAUCUUCCUGACCCACCUGGCCGUGGCCGACCUGUCCUACGUGGUCAUCCUCCCCCUGAGGGCCGCCUACCACCUGACGGGGGGCCACUGGCCCUUCGGGGAGGCGGCCUGCCGAGCGGCGGGCUUCCUGUUUUACGUCAACAUGUACGCCAGCCUGUACUUCCUGGCCUGCGUGGCGGGGGACCGCUACCUGGCGGUGGUGCACGCCGUCCGGUCGCUGAGGGUGCGGCGCGCCCGCUACGCCCACGCGGUCAGCUUCAGCCUGUGGGCGCUGGUCACCGUCUCCAUGGCGCCGUUGCUGGUGACGCGGCAGACGGCGGAGGCGGGCGGCGUGACGGCGUGCCUGCAGCUCUACCGGGAGAAGGCGUCUCGCCGCGCCCUGAUCUCGCUGGGCGUGGCCUUCACGCCGCCCUUCCUGUUCACGCUGUGCUGCUACCUGCUCAUCAUCCGCAGCCUGCACCGCGGCUGCCGGCUGGAGCCCGCCCUCAAGCUGCGGGCGCUGCGCACCAUCAGCCUGGUCAUGCUGGUCUACGUGGUCUGCUUCCUGCCCUACCACGUGAGCCGCGCCACCUUCAUCCUGGGCCACAGCCAGCUGCAGGUGUCCUGCCACGCCCGCCGGAGCCUGGGUCUGUCCAACCGCCUCACCUCCUUGUUCACCUGCCUCAACGGCGCCAUGGACCCGCUCAUCUACCUCUUUGGCGCCGAGAAGUUCCGCGGCGCUCUGAUGCGACUGCUCGGCAAAGGCGGGGCGGCGGGCGGCGGCGACGCCACCAGCGCAGACUUGAAAGGAACACACGAGAGUUCUCUGAGUGCCAAGUCGGAUUUUGAACUUGGGAUCUCCAGGCCUCGCUGAACGCUUCGCCGGUGCGGGAACGUGCGUCCUUUUUCUACAACUGUGGCUCCAUCUAGUGGUACGCCAAAGAAUUGCUUAAAUCAAUGUGACUGUUCGAACUGGGUGUAAUCGGACACCUGC